GCGGUCUAGAAAUUGAAGGACGCAGUGAAACAGAAGCGCAGUUUAACCUGGGACGUCUCGGCCCAGCUCCUGUUUGGGGAAACAGAAAGUGGGAGAGCAGCACCCCCUGUGAAUCUAGAGGUGUGUUCUGGAUGGCCUCUUUAAUAAAAAUGGAGCCUCCUGCAGUGGAAAACCUUCUAAACUGUAAUCCACCCUCCAGCACAGCUAUCGACCAGCCGGACCUUUUUUCUGCCGAGCCUCUUGCACCAGAACUUGCGAAUGUGGGAUCUUCCCAGAACCAAGAGCUCCCAGAACCCAGACAGAAUGGAGCAGAGGGUGCAGAGGUCAGCGAUGCUACGGAGUCGGCGGACAGCGAGAAUGAAGUCACUGAUUCCCCCUCUCACUGCUCCAGCUCCCGCCGCUCAUCUUCCUCGUCCAGUCACAGCAUCGAAGAUGCAGAUGUUACCGAAAGACGGGAAUUCAUGAAAGCCUAUGUAGAGAAGAUGUUCCAUGGAAGGGAGGACUUUGACCAGGAGGAGAAGGCGCGUUUCGGCCAGUUAUGCAGUGGAGAAAAUGGCAAAGGAAGGGAGUGGUUCGCAAAAUACGUCAGUGUUCAGCGCUGCCAUUCCAAGUGUGUGAGUGAACAGACGUUUUAUCGUCUGGUCCAGUCCUUUGCAGUCGUCUUGUUUGAAUGUUAUGAGAUGGAUGACUACAGCCCUGCCAAGCACUUAAUGACCAUGUGCUUCACAUAUUAUUACAUCGGGAAAACACAGCUGUCACCCACAGAGCUCUUUGAGAAGCCCAGCGCGGGUUUAGACUUGUGCCUGCGCAACGGGAAGGUCUGGCUCUCAGGCAAGAAGGACGUCGCUGAGAAACUUCUGAAAAAUACAUCAGCAAAGACGGACAUGAAGAGCUUUUUUAGCGGAUUGGAGAGUAAACUCAGAGGCCCGUCUGCCGGCAAGAAUGAGCAGACAGAGUCUCCAACAGAAGACAAGCAUAAAGAUCCAGCAUCCUCACCCACAUCACCCGAGAAGAAGAAAGGAGAGAAGAUUUACCUGUAUACACAUCUGAAACAGCAACCAAUCUGGCACACGUUGAGAUUUUGGAAUGCUGCGUUCUUUGAUGCUGUAAACUGUGAAAGGAACAAGAGGUCCCCCACCACCAGGGAAAAGUGGUGUCACAUGACUCAGGAAGAAAAAGAUGACAGUUCCAAAAUUGAAGAAAACAUUACUUUUGGACAGCUAGGGACAUUCACCCAUAAUAUGCUGGCCUUUGGUCUGAGUAAGAAACUCUGCAAUGACUUCCUGAAAAAACAAGCCGUUAUUGGACAUUUAAAUGAAGAACAAUAUAAGUUGCUGUGUGACCAUAUUGAACAAAUGGCGGUGGAGUGAGCGGCAGCUACAGAGCAAUUUGCAAUUCUUUUUUAUCUUGCGGUUUAGUAGCACCUAGAAUCGGUUAGCUUGAAGCUUAGUCUAUAGCCUUUACUAGUUAUUCCACAUUCUAUAUACAGUUCUAUAUUCUAUUCUUAUUAAAUUUCUACAACCCUCCACUAUUUUUACAGCAAAGAUAAUGUACACAGUUGUAGUAAAAUAUAUUUAUUUCAGUGCAGCUCAUAAUGGUUAUUUUUAGGUCUGAACAGUGGUUACAGAAGUAAAAAAUCUUUUCUUUAUAAUGUCAGUUUUACCCAAAAUGUUUAAGUGUGACAAGACCAUUUGACCAACCUGACUUCAAAAAAGUAUAUUCAACCAGUUAGGUGUCUACAUACAGACAUAAUUAGCUGUGUCUGAGGAUGAUGCCCGAGGCCCUGUGAUGGAUUGGCAUCCUGUUAGUGGUGUGUCACGGCAUCACGCACAGUGAUUUCCAGGUAACCAGGCCUAACGCAGUUCUGACCAGGGUCAAGAGGUGGUAAAUCAUGAAAAUGACCAACCUGACUUUAAAAAAGUGUAUUCAACCAGUCGGGCAUCUACAUACAGACAUGAUUAGCUGUGUUUGAGGGGGAUGGCCAAGGCCCUGUGAUGGAUUGGUGUCCUGUUAGUGAUGUGUUACUGCAUAACGCAAAGUGAUUCCCAGGUAACCAGGCCUACCGCAGUUCUGACCAGGGUCAAGAGGUGGUAAAACAUGGAAAAGAACACAAAUGACCUGAAAAAGAAUUUUAUGAAUUAACAUUGUUUAAAAAGUGAACAUACAGUGCUUGGGUCAUAUGCUCGGAACACUCAUCAGUCAGUAAAUGACAAAUUGACUGCUAGCUGGAAUGAAGCACUGUUGCACUGUUUUACAUCAUGUUAAAUUCAGUCUUUGAGCAGAGCAGAGCUAAACCCCAUUUUUUCAGUUUUACCAAACACUGUUAGCAAUUAGUUCUAGCAUAACCGUGAAGAAAAAAACCCAUUGUACUUAUUGUUUCUGACUUAUUUGAGGGAUUCCAUACUAUUUGUGUGUAAAACAGUAUUAAUAUUUGUAUUUGUAUUCUUAUACAGGGUUAUCGAGCCUCCAAAGACAACGUCAAAACCCCAAUCAGACUUUAAGUGCCUUUAUCUAACAUUCCCUGCGUGAUCUUUUAGUGUGCAGUGUUCAAGCUGCCGUGUCAACACAUAGUCCCCCAUUUAUUGUCCAGUAUGUAGGAGAAAGAGUUGUACAGUUUAGAUGUAUUUGUAUCUGUAUGAAUGCACACGAGUGUGCUGUGGAUCAGCAUGACUUUGUGAAACAGCUGGAUUAGUGAUGUGAGCUGUUACUUUGUGUACUUAUGUUGUCUUGUAAUGUAGUUUCACGUCAAACCGAUAGAGGGCGAUCAUGAACUGUGUAAAACGAAGUAUUUCUAAAUGGUGUUUCAGGAAGAUUUAUGAACACAUUUGAUAGAUAUAUAUGUAAAUACAGAGAUUUUAUUGCUAAAUGUUUAAAAGGGAACACUGGAUUGUUGAAUGUUAAUUUAUAAAAGGUGUGUGUGGUGCAAAUGGACCUUUUAUGCAUUUAGAGCAUUCCUUUUACUGGUAAAACCAUAAUGUACUGUACAAUGUAGUGCAAUACAUUAUAAACUGUCUGAAUACAUUUUCCCUAAUUGUCUUUAAAUUCUUCAUAGCAGUGUACUGUGUGAACAUGUCGCUGCAUCUAAUAUAUGUAUAUGCAUUUAUAAUAAAAUAUAU